AUAUGUCUUAAAUUCAUAAUAACAAUAGAAACAUCGAUUGCAUAAUAUAGUAAUUUUUAGUCCAUAAUGUACUCAGUGCUGUGACGUUAACGCGAGUGGCCAGCGGUAGCGGGUCGAGAAACGCGAUCAAUACAACGUUAUCAACAUAACUACGUGGGUGUUUACAUGCGCGUAGUACACGCCGAGCACUGAUGAAAUCGUCGCGUGUGAUAACACUAAUCCGCAAUACGUUCUUAAUAUAAAUGUGAAAUGUGAACCGCAAUGCCGCUACCCGAGCUCAUUAAGCGAGCCUCGAGUUACUUCCUUGGCUUGGAGUUCGACGACAACGAGGAAUUGCCCGACUAUGUGGACAACGAAAUAUUAUUUUGCAAGAACAAUGUGUGCGUACAUCCACCGACUAUUGCGAGACACGAGUUGGACGUUAUACACCAUCCGGGCUACUUAACAGUAACGACUAAAAUAUUCACUGAUCAACAUAACAAUGCCAAGCGACCUACGUUAUUCCUUAAUUGGAUCCCAAAUUCAACUCUGCGCAAAUGUCCGUCAGCUGUUGAAACCAGUCCUAGCGAGGAAAUUUAUAUCAACAAGGCUUCGCAUCCCAAAGAUAUUCCUGCUCAAAAACCUAGGAAUGGAAAGGUUAGGAAGUAUAAUGACAACGCAUUUUCCGAUUCUUCCGAUACGACAAGUCUUAAUUCCAAUUCAGAUAAGCAAAGCAUAAAAUCAACUGAUACGAGGUUCACUCAAAAUGACAACACCCAAGAAGAAAUGACUUCUAGUUCGAAGCCGACCAUUAAAUCGGCAGAUUCUAUAAAAGAUGACGUAUUCAGCUUGCAGAAAGACGAGUCCAAGGAUCAUAUAUAUGAGUGCGAUAAACACGUACGUUCACAGUCCAUGACUUCUGUGAAUAUAACUAUAGCCAAUCCAAACAUCGAGAACGUCGACUUGACCCCUGACUCGUUGUGUGGAGGCUUCGUUAGGUCACUGUCGAUGAGUUCAUGUGACGAGGGCAACCCUAAUUGGAUGAGCACUCCUGAGUUUCUUGCACUGAAACAUAAUCUCGUAUUUCCUGAUAGCGCUCAAAGUUCGCCGGCACCCCAGCGACGACUGCCAUUGAAAUGUCGAAGGUUUUCGGUGGAUUUGAGUCAAAUGCGCUCUCUUCGGCUAUUCUUUAACGAUGAUAACUGCACUUGCGGACAAUUGGUGGUAGCUUCAAGAGAGUCCCAGUACAAAAUACUACAUUUUCACCAUGGAGCGUUGGAUCAUUUGGCACAAGUAUUACAUAGGUGGCAUUCUCUACUGCAUAAUAUUAAACUUACUCCAGGUUCAGAAGAACCUAACCUACCAUAUCGUCACUUCAUGGUAUGUCGCCCAGAAGUACAAAAAUCAGAGCAGCAUCCAGAGGAGGGAAAAGUUCCUAAAAUUACUCCUGAAUUAUUUUAUGGCAAGAUCAUGAACAGCAAGGGUGUUAUUGAAGAUGAUUUGUUCUUAAGAAAGUGCGUGUUUUUCGGUGGUCUUGACAAAGAGCUGAGGCGAGAAGUCUGGCCUUUUCUUUUACAUUGUUAUCCAUAUAAUUCGACUUAUGACGAAAGAGAGAUUAUCCUGCAACUUCGAAAGAGGGAGUACGAUGAAAUUACCAAAAGGCGAUUGGAAAAAAUGACACCAGAACAACACGCGAAAUUCUGGAAAAGUGUUCAAAGUGUCAUAGAAAAGGACGUGGUGAGAACUGAUAGGGGCAAUCCCUUUUUCGCUGGAGAAAAUAAUUAUAACAUAGAAAUUAUGAAGAAUAUAUUGUUGAACUACGCGAUUUAUAAUCCUGUUUUAGGGUAUACCCAAGGAAUGAGUGAUCUCUUAGCGCCAGUUCUGUGUGAAAUACAAUGUGAGGCGGAAGCGUUCUGGUGUUUCGUGGGACUGAUGCAGCGGGCGAUAUUCGUUUGUACUCCAACUGAUAAUGAUAUGGAUAAUAACCUGAGUUACCUUCGAGAGCUGAUAAGGAUCAUGUUGCCACACUUCUACAAGCACUUAGAGAAACACAUUGAUGCUAUGGAAUUACUGUUCUGUCAUCGAUGGAUACUACUGUGUUUCAAACGAGAGUUCACUGAAGCUGUAGCUCUUCGUAUGUGGGAGGCGUGCUGGGCAAACUAUCAGACCGAUUACUUCCACUUGUUCCUGUGUCUAGCGAUUAUUGCUGUAUACGCUGAUGACGUCAUCGCCCAGGACCUCAAUACUGAUGAAAUGCUGCUACAUUUCAGUUCUUUGGCAAUGUACAUGGACGGUCGCCUCAUCCUGCGCAAGGCUCGCGGGCUGCUAUACCAGUUUCGUCAGUUACAGCGAAUCCCUUGCACACUAGUAGGUAUGUGUCAAAGGUGCGGCCCCGGUAUCUGGGACUCCACACACCGGCCCAGUGUGGAAUGUACCGGCGCUCACGACUUUUGCGAAUAUGCUGUACAGUAAUAUUGUUAUCACAGAAGAUUUUAUAGGUCUUCGCUCCACAAUUGGCAGCGUUAGUAGAGGCAAUCACGAUAGUGUAGAGAGCCUAAACGUCUAUAAUCGGCCGUCAUUGGAGAUUCAUAAUCGCCGUGAUGGUGGCAAACAUCGACGAUCAUUUUUGUUGGACCAAUGCUGCUC